AGAGACUCCCUCCAGGUUAGUGUUCAUUUGGCUCACACACAAGUACUGGCACACUGGCAACUCGCAGCAGCUGAGAACAGCUUUGCACGCUCGAAGCUGCUGCCUGCUUCCUUCAGCCUGACACGGGACUCUGGUGGUUGGAAGUUCAGUAUUUCUCUUUGGUUUUCCUAGAGCCGGCUAACAGCUAAAAGAACGACUACAGGGCGCUCCUACUGAGUUGCCGGCCGGCUUUUUGGAUCUGAUCACAACUGGACAGGCGGGCUGGGGCUAAACAGGAUUGUAAAGAGGAUCAGAGAGGCUGUGGUGUUGUCUGUGUAACUGACGACUGAGCUACUAAACUUGCCUUUUGGAUUUAAAAAAGAGAAAAAAGGAAAAGACUGACCCUGACCCACAGUCUCACCCUUUUCUGGAUCACCGCUGAGUUAAUAGAGGUGGUCUGGACAAGGCUGGUGUGGAGAAUCUGACCCCAACUGACCCUGUCUCGCAAGUAGCCUUUCACUGAGCCCGGACUGGCAAAAGGGACAAAUAAAAGUGCAAGAGAGGUGUCGUGGAGGACAGACGAAAGGCAGAGGAGCAGCACAGCGACCGCUCGUGCAGAAUGCCAGUGGAGACCCUGCGGCCCUCAGAUGGCCGUCUGGCCGGGGUCCCCUUUACCUCUGCCAUGCCUUUCAGGAUACUCAACAAGGGUCCGGAUUAUUUCCGCCGACAGGCUGAGCCCGGGGCCCGCAAACUGAGCGCCGUGGAGCGCCUGGAGGCCGACAAGGCCAAGUAUGUUAAAAGUCAGCAGGUGGCACUCACCCGCCAGGCCCCCAUCCAGCCUCCAAUCAUUCGCAAGCCCCUCGUCCCUUCGGGGAUGAUGAUCAACACCCCUCCAGCCCGGAAAGUUAACCGAUCGCCGGCUGAGGGGGAGAACACUGCAGGCAGGCAGGGACCAGGAGACAGGAGACGACCUGCUCUAAACUUGGAUAUUCUAAAUAACCUAAUCAAUGACGUAUGUGAUGGACCAUCACAUGGUUCCCAGUCCUCUUCCUCCACCUCCCCUUCCUCGUCGUCUCCGUCAUCGGGAGCUAAGAGCAUUGGUAGCAGCCUUUCAGGAGAGCAGGAGAGGAGCAGCCGACUCUCCAACAACCUCAAACCUUUGAAUCAUGCCCUCGCCAACUCAUCGUCCACCUCCUCCUGCACCUCCUCUCCACUCAACAAUCAUCUUCGGACGGCAGCAGCAGAAGUGACUCGACGUCCGCCCCCUGUGCCAGCUCGCGCCCCCCGCUUUGGUGUUCCAGUUCCCUACAGCUCCCCUAACUCGGUGACAGUACGCAGGGUGGACGUUCGGCCUCAGGCUGAGAUACGGAAGCCCCUGAGGGCUCAGCUGCAGCCACAGCUCAGGCCCAGACAGACACCCCAGGGCCAAGUCGCACACCCCCAAGUCCCACCCCCGUCACCCCCUCCCCUCUCUCAGAAUCAACCGCAACCCCUCCCUCAGUCAUCCCAAGCCAUCCCCGCCCCUUCAGCCUACCUGCCACCCAGUCCAAUGCUAGUCCGAGCAGGCAUGAUCCCUCCAGCCUCACCCGCUUUCACCCGUAUCUCAAACGCCAGCUCCAAGGGGUCUGCCCGCAAGCACCCAUCCCUGCACCGCUCCAAGUCGGACCUGAGUGACCGCUACUCCCGCGCCACAGCUGACCUGGAGCGUUUCUUUAACUACUGCGGGCUAGACCCCGAGGAGGUGGAGGGAAUGGGCGGAGUGGAGCGCUUCACGAGGGCCAACUCAGACAUUGUGUCAGUCUCCAAGCUCCGGAGCGUCAGCACGCCCAGCUCGGAGUGUGGGGACGACCGGGUCAGGGAGGACGAGGACGACGAAGAUGACGGUCCGUCCAGGGCCAAUGAACGGGUCCCGUAUGGCAUCUCUGUCAUCGAGAGGAACGCUCGAGUCAUCAAGUGGCUGUACGGCAUCCGACAGGCGAGAGAUUCUAACAACGCCGUCUCUAACGUAUAGACCAACAGGGACUCGGACUCCUGUUUGUUCAUCUUUUGCUGCCUUACGUUACAGAUACGGAUAAUCCUGCAGUUGAUGUGUUUCCUGUAAAGACUUUCUUUUUUUGUUCUCGGAAUUUCACAUCAGAUGUUUAGAACUGGGCUGCAAGUCAGGACUUGCACCGGAAGAUGCACCCCCCCCCCCCCUCCCUUUUGUAGGUCUUGUGUAACAAUAUUGGUAUUGAAAGCAAUAAUAGACUGAGAAUGGUGAGGAUGAAGGCAGAGGAUGAUUGCGAUAGGGUCUCCUUAUGUAAAGGUACUCUGUGUGUGUGUGUGUGUGUGUGUGUGUGUGUGUGUGUGUGUGUGUGUGUGUGUGUGUGUGUGUGUGUGUGUGUGUGUGUGUGUGUGUGUGUGUGUGUGGGCACAAAGGCAGACUGCCACUGAGCAAGCCAGGAAGAAAACCACAUUGAUACUGUGAAACUUUUUCACACAAAAAGCUUCUACGAUCAUAUUCCUGUUUUGGUUUUUUUGGUUUGUUUGUUUUGUUUUGUUUUUUCAAAAACAUUUUAGGCUGUUGGACUGUUAUUAUACACGUUUGUGUCAGCAUGCGAGUGAAACUUUGUAUACAUUCUGUUUUAGGGUAUGUCAUCAAGCACACGUCUUCCUUGCACACAAGUUCACUGCACUGACUCACGUUCAGGUCAAUUACAGUUAGUGCUGUCUGUAUAUCGGAGUGCAACGUUGUCUAGUUGUGCGCAUCCGCAACACUUUCUCACAUCGUGGCUCACGCUGUGCUGGUGCAGCCCGAGAAAUCAGUUUGCUGUGUAUGUCCCUGCAAGGAUGAGAGCAAGUCAUAUGAUGAAGGAUGAGCUCACAUGUAGACGGUUCAAGUAAGUGUAGCAUGACAAAGAUAUUUAGCCUCCAGGGUGGGAAAAAAUUGGAGGGAAAAAUGAAAAGAUGGAUGAAAGGAAGACUGAAAAGAGAAUACUCAUGGAUCAAAAGAAACAAGAAAAGCUAUCUUUGCUGUAUGAAUAUGUCUGCAGCUCUGAAAGUGUCUCAGGAAGAUGGCAUACUAACAAAAUGGACCAAUAUUUAUUUGGAAAAUGUAAUUUAAUGUAUUUUUUAAUAUUGGGUGACUUUGUGUACAGAAUUCAAUCUCUGUUCUUAAGUGCAAUCUGAUGGUGUUUACUAGAAUCACAGUAUAUGUAGGAUGACAGUUAAAUCCAGGAAGGAGACACAUGCAAAGUGUGAAUGUUGCACCUGUCUCUCUGUGGGGAGCACAGAAAGUGAGACUGUUGUGUAUUUAUUCAACUUCCUGUUUGUCUGGGAACAAGAGGUCUGUCUCCUCCCUCACCCUGUGUGAGUUCUCCCGAGUUCUCCUCUGCAUCUACCGCCUUCGUAAGCUAUCCAGCAGUGUGAGUGGCGGUCACGUGUCCUCAGACGAGAGGGAACACAGGAGCUGUGAUGGUGGUGAGCAAAGUGUGCUGUUGAAUCCAUCACUCAAUGCCCAAAGAGUCUUCAAGAGAUGAGAGAUGGAAAAUGCUUUACCAUGGUGUAUUCUGAGCAGUUAAUAAAAAACUGAAAUGUUCAAUUA